CGGCGAAACCCAUCAUUGACGCCGAAAUUACUCUCGCCUUUGUUUCCGUCACGGUCGCAUUUGAGAUUCACACGUUGCGACCCGUCCGGCUCAUCUAACCAAUACUGGAGAGCGCGCCAACCGUACGAAUGGGCCUCCGGUCCCCGCAACAAGUCCGAUGAAGAGUAGCCCACUACACCUACUUCACCACCUCAUACAGUACCUCGAAUUCACCGCGCGUAAGUGCGGUCCACAGUAGCUCGCAAUGGCAACUGCAGUCGUCACCGCGCGGGCGCAGCCUCUGCGCCGGCACGACAAGCGACCUAACCUGCCCCGGGUGAGCACGCGUGCGACCACCGUUGAGGCCAUGGAUUCUAGCACGCCGCUGAAGCCGACUCCGCAUUUCUACACCGAGGAAUACAUAUUGGAGCGGCAUAAGAAUGAUCCGCCUUCGCUGAUUGUGCACCUGCAUCAGAACCACUUCCGUUUUGACCAGCAGGAUGGCAACUUCUCGUACGAUUCGGAGGCGAGGGAAUUCUUAAGACACUUGAAGGAAAGGACGGUGCCUGGCGAACCCUUCCUCUCAGAGUUUUACCAGGCUAGAGUACCCUUCUACACAGGCUGUCUGAUAGUAGAAGUACACAAUCAUAGGACAAAAGGCGCCUCUAACAGUGGAAAUACAACCAACCAGGUCGGGGCCACAGAUCAUGUGCCGUACUCGAUACACAAUUACAAUGAACAUAUCACCCCGUCGCCCUUCGCGAAGUAUCCGGAGCACAAGUCGAAGUCGAACGUACCACAGGCCGAGGGUGAAAAGAAGGCUGAGAAAGAGCCCAUGCCGGCACCAGAACAGCCGGCGUCGGCGAUGCAAAAGAAAGGGACUCCAGCACCGCAAAUAUCCCGUCGUGUGCUGUUCCCGACGCAAGCGAUGUGGGAUUACGACUUGAUGAGACUGUCAAUGACACCAAUGACUGACGCGAGGAGUGACCGGCAUGGUAGUGUACAACCCGGUGCUGCCACGCCCACACUCGGCCAACCUCCCACACCUAUAACUGCAGUACCAACUACACCCAAACAAGGCCAGCGUAUGAUGGUGGAUGCAACUAAUGCAAAAGAGUGGGAGGCUGAAAUCAUCAACUACACAGCGCCAAAACUCAUAUUAAACCCUGCAGCGGACCUUGAGUCAUCAAUAGAGAUCAUAGAACAGCUGGAAGAUCCUCUACACUGCGAAGAGCCUCCCUUGCCCAAGGGUAGGAAGCGAACUGUUGCCGAGAUGGCCGCCGAAGAUGCACAGGCGGCUAGUAUCGAGCGUUACAUGCUCAGCUCUGACGAACGACACCAAAGUAUGCUUCCGAGUGGUGCUGCUGGCACUGCAGAUGGCACUGCACGCACAGGCGCUUCUGGCGAGGCGCAAUUUAAGCGCUUCAGAUUGAUCGAAGGUCUGAAGAUACAGCAAGCGGAGAACAAGCGCCAAGAAGCGGAACGAGAAGCACAGCGAGCGGCCCAGAAGAGGGCUUUGCAGGAGGCCGAGGCAAGGAAGGCAAGGGAAGCCCAAGAACAUCAAAAGCAACAAGCUGCCUUGCAGGCUCCUCGCCAUGCCGAGAUUCUGCACAGACAACAGCAGUUGAAUCAACAACGUGCCGUUGCUGCGCAGCAAGCGGCAGCCGCUCAACAAGUAGUUACUACGAGCGCACAACCGAUGUCGACAUCUGCACCACAGCAUGCUGUCCAGCAAGCCGCGCAGGCAAAUCAUAUGUCCCCAAUUGUGCGGCAGCAGACGCCUAUGUCUGCCUCCCCGACUUUGGGCGGUGGUACUCCAAUGUCCUCAGCGGCUAUUACGAGUGUGCCAAUGACUACAUCAAUGUCAAACCAGGGGGCAGGCAGUCCUCCAAGACCAGCAUCAGCGGUACAACAUCCUGGUGGAGGUGUUAAUAUGAUGCGACAGGCAAGCCAGCAGGCAAGCGCUCAUGGCACUCCUCAGAUGCACAGCACACCUAGCAUGGCCUCAGCAGCCCCGGUUACUCGACACAUGACGCCUCAACCGCGAGUGAAUCAGCACGGAAGCCCGAUGCCAAAUCCAAUGGCGACUCCGCAAAUGAUGAACAUGACGCCUGUCCCCAAUGGCAUCACACCAGAGCAGCAGCAGAUGAUGAUGCGACAGAGAAUGGCACAAGCGCAAGCGCAAGCCAAUCAACAGGGGAUGAAUGCCAUGUCACCAGCUCAGAUGAAUCCAAUGAUGCGUAUGCAAUCGCAGAUGGCAAACAACCCACAGCUACAGCAGGCGAAUAUGACUCCCCAAAUGAUGAACCAAGCACGUAUGAUGCAGGCACAGGCGGCCAACCAAGCAGCGGCCGCCGCUGCACAACAGCAACAGAACAAUCCGCAAAUGGCAUCCAUAAAUCAAGCACUCACGCAGAUCAUGACCGGUUUACCACCUCCCAUAACUCAACGUCUGAUGACCUUGCGUUCGCAAGCACAGACGGAAAUUGCCAACCAGGAGCAGUUGCGAAAGCAGCAGUUCCUGGCCCAGUUCCAACAGAUGGGGAUGCAGCCGCCUCAAGAGGCCAUUGCUCAGUGGCAAGUCAACAACCAGCGAAUGAAAAUGGAAGCCUUCCAGCAAUUGCGGCAGAAGUUGAUUGUUGCUCGCCAGAACCUUUUGCAGUCAUAUCAGGCAUCAAUGGCACAGCAGGGACAACAGGUAGGCGCGAACGCAAUGUCACCUCAAGUAAGCAAUGCAGGCCAAAAUCCUGGUACCCAGCAAGCACAGAUGCAAGGUCAGAAUAUGGGCAAUCAGCAGUACAUGCAGCAGCUGAUGCAGCAGCAACGUCGUUUGCAAGCCGCACAGGUUGCGCAGGCCCAAGCACAGGCCAUGGCUCAGGCGCAACAGCAGCAGGGUGGUGGAGGCGGCCAGCAGCAGAGGAUGAUGCAGCCCGGCCAAGGAAUCGCGCAGAUGAACCCGCAGAUGAUGGCGCAGAUGCAAAUGCAGGGAAUGAACCCGGCGCAGCAGCAGGCAUUUAUGCAGCAAAUGCGUAUGCAGCAGAUGCAGAACCAAACAAUGGGUGGAAUGAACGCCAUGAACGCUAUGAACAUGAGUGGACAGCAAGGUGGCGGCUUUGCUAACAUGAAUGGGUCGAUGUAAUAGCCGUAGCCGUGGGUCGAAUUCGAAACUGGAGUGGGUGGAAGCAACGGUGGACAGAAGCCUAGCAGGACCUUUGUGCACUGUUCGUCUAUAUAUCGGCAGCGCGUCCUUUGUAAUCUUCACAUCUUAUUGUACAAGCUACGCGAAGAAGAACGAAAUUUCUGGACAUGGUCCCUGAUGGGGGAAAGCUAGACCAGUGUCGAUACCCAAAAAAAUUCAAAACGAUCUAAUUAUA